ACAGCCAAUGCAACCAACUUUUCGUUGUCUGCUGCUUCUCCAGCGUGCACCAGAGAGUAUUUUACAGCGUGCACUUGGUGCACCUACGCGCGAUUGGUUGCAAUCGGAGAUUUAUAUUUCGCCUUCGUUAUUUAUUAUUAAAUGUUGUUCAACGUGUUUUUAAAUGUAGUAGCUUAAAAUUAAUGUAGAAGCCGCUGUCUGUAAAAACAUUUCUUCAAAGGUAAAAACAGUUUUUUUCUUCAAAGAAAAAAUAAGUCCAUUGACAUGACUGCACCAUCAAUGAAUAGGUGUCGUUUAUGUAUGGUGUGUCACUGACUGAGAGGGUCUCUAGCUUGCUCGAUUUUUCGAAGAGGUGGAAAAGGAACUUAUUGUUAGAAAUUAAUAAAAAUAUUUUUAACUCAUCUGAAAAUACAGAGCGUUUUGUUGACAUUAUUCGGGUCUUCCUUUAGGCAUCGAGCGAAAGGCAAACAUUGGCACGUUUUUGUAUACAUCUGUACGCAUCAGUUACAUCAGUCCUUAUCAGUCGCAUAGUUGGAGGGCUGCAUAAGUGUUCCUGGUGAAGGAAUGAAAAUUGAAGGAAACUGACAUUUUCUGCAAGGGUUAGGAUUUAUCGUGAAUUUUGUGCUCGCUUCAAUAAUUUACCACUUUCAAAAUACCUGGUCUGUAUCGUUUUAUUAAAAUCGGAAUGGCUCUCAGUCCGAAAGAAUCUGGGGCCUUCAUAGCGAAACAUGCUACGCAUGUGUUUAUAGAUCGAGAGGGAGUCCAAAAAGUUGCCUCGGAGGUUUACGAAGCUUUGAAGAAGGGAGCUCUGAAUGUUCAAGGUUUCUCCCAAGUUGAACUGCAUCCAAAAAAAACAGACAAAGAUGCUGCCGAUUGGAUAUUUGUGGUUGAUACUCUGAACUUUUGUUUUUGGAAGCCUCCGAAUUCAAAGGAGAAGUGGGAAACGCAUUUUCGCGGGAAAACGUACACGGGAUAUUUUGCCUUAUGUGCUGCUGUCAACAGGGCAAUUGAGGAAGGAGUGCCUUUAACAGAUCCAAAAUUUUAUUCUGAGGUAACCCUCAAUGAUUUACAAAAGAUCUUUCGAUCUGGCACAGCACAACCUAUGCCAUUGCUUGAAGAAAGGCAAAAAUGCUUGCAUGAAGUUGGUAAAGUACUACUGGAGAAAUAUAAUGGUUCUUUUGUCAAUUGCAUAAGAGAAAGCGAGGGUUCUGCUCAAACGUUACUUAACAUUAUUACAACAAAUUUUCCAUGUUUCCGAGACGAAGCAGAAUUUCACAAUCAGAAAGUUGCACUCUACAAAAGAGCGCAGAUUUUGGUUGGAGAUAUAUGGGCAUGCUUUCAUGGAGAAGACCUUGGCAAAUUUAAAGACAUUGAUUCAUUAGUUAUGUUUGCAGAUUACAGGGUUCCUCAAGUUCUUGUUUAUUUUGGAGCUCUAAAAUACAGCAAUGAAUUGAUGAAGAAAUUAGAAUCAGAUGAACUUUUACCAAAUGGAAGCACUGAAGAAGUUGAAAUUCGGGGAUGCUGUAUAGAAGUAGUAGAGCUCAUACGUGAAGAGGUGAAAAAGAGCAUUGCAGCUGACAAUAAAACUGACUUACACAUUAACUCAAUAUUGAUUGAUCACUUCUUAUGGGAUUAUAGAAGAAAAUAUGCAGACACUUUGGAGUCGAUACCUUUCCACAAAACUCCUUGUGUCUAUUACUAAGAAAUAAUUGACCUGUUAAUAAAUGAUCAGGAAUUAAAUUUAUAAAUGUAUCAAUUUGAUAUAAAUUGAAAGAUGUGGAAAUCAAUGAAAACAUCCUUAAAUUCAUUAAUUAUUCUCUGGAUGUACUUUUGCUUAGUACAUGAGUUUGUUCAAAACUACUCUUUUAUGUCCUGUUAAUGUUAAUAUUGCAUUUAUAUUUCUUUUAUGUUUGUUAAGAUAUAUUGCGUGGAUGCAAUAUAGAAUUGAGACAGUACUUAAAAUAAAUUUUCUUUCCAAUGUAAAAAUAAAUAGCAGAAAGAUAACUUGAUGGGCUUUGUUAAAUUUUGAAGUUGAAAACCUUUUUCUAAUCAGAUGUUAAGAGUUUAUACUUAAUGAUAUUCAUGUCUUCAUAUAUUUCAUCACAAAUAUUUUGUAAAGAAUUUUACAAUAUAAUAAAAUGUCUUAGUGUCAGUGACUUUUGUUUCCUCAAAAACUGAAAGUUCAUUCAAGUAUCCAAACAUUCAAAAUUCAUUUUAAUUUUGAUCAUUAGCUAAUGCUAUGCUAUUGCAAACUGUGGAGACCAUGCAUCCUUAGGGGCAUGAAUGAUCAAUAAAUUUACCCAACUAAUCCCAUGGAAAUAUCCAUACAGGGGGUAUGAAUGGAAUGAACUGAAAAUGAACAAGUUUGAAAUGCAAAUAAUGUUCCCAUCAGGAAUUGAACCCAGGACCAUCUGUUAUCCAGACAGAUGCUGUAGUAACAGAUUGAGCUAUGAAAUAAAAUAUUAUAAACAAUUUAACAAUCAUACACUUAUGGUAUGGUUAAACUGACAUGAAGGGUUUGCACUUCAUGACAAUCCAUUUUCAGUACCGUUGACGUAUGCUUUUACUAUUUAGGCAACAAUUGUUUAUUAUAACUCAAUCAAGAGUGUUUCACUUCAUUUCAUUCAUCAACACCCAUCAUUCCAAUUGAAUGGUGAAAACCGGAAUGGUAUUAACUUCAGUGACAUUUUAUAAAUUCUGAGAAAAACAUGUUUAUGUUAAGCUAUAUUUCAGUGCCAAUAU